UAUGUGUUUGUGUGUGUGUGUGUGUCCUGAUAUGCAGAUUUAAAAGGAACAGACUACAACCUCACCAUUUCUAUUUCAAAAAAGAGCCGCCAUUGUGUACCAUGUAAGCCACCUGGAAAAAAGCCAGGUGGUGCUAUUACUCUCCCUCCCCCUGAUAGCAAUAAUGGCACUGGUAUCAGCAUGGAAGAUGCAGCAAAAAUCGUGAAUAAUAUCUCCUUAUUGCUGGAACGCAUGGUCAAUGAAAGCACAGCAACCAUCACAAUAGGCAAUAUUAAAGGGGUGAUCACUAAACUCCCCCCAAAAAAUCAAACCGACAUCAUCUUUGGCAUUACAACAAGUGUUGAUAUAAAUGUUCUUGAGGAUAAUGAUUCGAUGACGGGCUUUUCUCGAUCGGUGCUAAUCCCUUCAGAGGCCAGCACUAUGGCAGUGAAAAGAAAUAGUUCAUUUGCUGCAGUUCUAGUUUUUCCGGGAAUUCGUCAGGAUGACCCCAAAAGUUUUUUUCUUAACAAUGAGGGAAUGGGAAUUGAAAUGGGAACAGAUAUAUCCAAUCUCUCACAUACCAUAGACAUCCAUUACAGAAAUGUGGACAAGAAUGGAAGAAUUGCUUCUUGUAGAUCGUGGGAUGGAAAAGGGAAAAAGGUGAUCUGGAUCAAAGAUGGCUGUAAGACAAAAGAAACCAGUGGCAGCAUCACAUGCCAGUGCUCUCAUCUAACAUUUUUUGCAAUACUCAUGUCCCCUCCACCUGGAAACAUAAGCUCUUCAGAUUUCACGUCUCUGACCUACAUCACCUCAAUCGGCUGUGGCCUGUCAAUGUUUUUCUUGGCGGUGGCUCUCUUCAUGUAUUGUUUUAUCAGAAAAGGGAAAGCAAGCCAAGCAACUAAGAUCCUGAUGAACCUGUUUGUUUCCAUGUUCACCCUGAACUUGUCCUUCCUGGUAAAUGAGAGCAUUGCCAACUUGGGAAACUUCGGCGCAUGCGUGGCGGUGGCAGCAGUUAUGCACUACACUAUGUUGGCCACUAUUUCCUGGUUUUUUAUAGAGGGUCUACACUUUUACUUUACUCUAUGGAAGCUUCCCACUGACAUCAAACAUUACAUGAUGAAGAUUUGCGUCACAGGAUGGGGCACACCAGCUGUAGUGGUGAUCGCUCUUGUCGCCGUGAGACAAUAUGAUUACAUGGUCAUUUACACUGAUGCUGGGAAUUCAGCAAAAAUGUGCUGGAUCUCUAAUGCUGUUGUCCACCAGGGGGUGAACGUUGGUUACUAUGCUGUAGUGUUCAUCUUCACCUUCAUCGUAUUUAUCAUGACUGUGCGGAAGAUUGUUCUCCUGAAGUCUGCAGCAGGGAAAGCUCAAGACACUAGCUCCAUCAAGACAAACUUUUUCUCCAUUCUAGGCCUGUUCUUCCUGCUCGGCAUCACCUGGGCUUUUGCUUUCUUCAGCUUCGGACCUCUGCUCAUAGCCUCCUACUAUAUCUUCACCAUCCUCAACUCCUUUCAAGGUUUCUUCCUGUUCAUCUACUAUUUCAAUUCCAGCAAGAUCGCUAGAGAGGACAGAAGCUUUAUAGCCAGCGGUAACACCACAGAUACAUCAAACACAGUUGUCACAAAUCCACAUUGAUACUUCAAGUGGGGACAGAAAGUGUUCUGUGCCAGAGAUUAUGUUGACACAAGAGGGCAGCAUUUUAUUUCAUAUAGUCAAGCAGAGCCUCUGUUGAAUGAGGUGCUGGUAAGAUGCUAUACAAAGGUUCUCAUUCUCCCUGACUACCCAGCUAAUUUGGAUUACCUUCAUUGAGAAAAAUGACUAAUGAGUCAAGCACUGACACAGGAGAUUGAGUAAUCUCCUGGAAAUAAUUUGUGCCGAUGACUCAACAGAAGCCCUGUUUUACUCACUGUGAAACACUCAGUAACGAUUGUGAUUCACUCAGAAUAUAUCACAAAGGUCCUAAAUCAAAGCUUCAGUCAUACACUGGAAUGUUCAAAUAUGUUCAAUAUUAUAAUAAUGUUCAAUAUUCAAAUGCUAAGAAAAAUAUGACCGAUGUGGUUGUCAUAUGGACUGAAGAUGGCAAAGCACAAAGAAAAAAAAAAAGGUGCAGGGAAAUCUUAUCUCUCACACUCUUUACAGUGUUUGGGGGCUGAGCUAGCCAGCUAGCGCUUUGCGUGCCUGCAGAUAAUUACCUUGUGUCUACAGAGAGCAGUAUCCACUGUGCGGGGAGCCUUAACUGGCUAACAAGAAAUGAGCUCAUGGCUACCUAUAGUGAUAAGAGGCCUGAGGGCACGCCACUAUGUUGAAACUAUUCUCUGAAAUAUUGCUGUAGUUAACUAGCAUUUAAACCUUUUAAUAAGUUAAGUGUAACUUGGUGAAAUGCAUUACCUUAAUGACCAGGAGUCAUUGGAAAUUGUGUAUUUUUUUGUGUGUAAUUGUUUCCUAUAGAUUUAAUUUUUGGAUAUAUAGGUUUUGGAUAUUGAUAUACGGAUGCCUGCUUCUUUUCUAUUUAUUUGUUUUUGUGUUCUAAUAGCCUUAAAAGGCUUGAUCCUUGAUCCUUGAUUCAGCAUCUCAGGACAACAUAUGUAGACCUAACUAAAAUGUGUAAAUUGCUUUAGUGAGAUUGCCUGCAGAAGUGCAAUAAAGUUUAAGGUUUCUUAAGUGGA